CGGAAGCGCGGCUCACACGGGUUCUGCGGCCGGCGGCGAGGAUGGCUGGGUUUGCGGAGCUUGGACUGUCUUCGUGGCUCGUGGAACAAUGUCGGCAGCUAGGUUUGAAGCAGCCCACGCCCGUGCAACUCGGCUGCAUCCCCGCCAUCCUGGAAGGUCGGGACUGCCUGGGUUGUGCCAAGACCGGCAGUGGCAAGACGGCAGCAUUUGUGCUGCCCAUCUUACAGAAGCUGUCUGAGGAUCCCUAUGGCAUCUUCUGCCUUGUCCUGACACCCACCAGGGAGCUGGCCUACCAGAUCGCAGAGCAGUUCCGAGUCCUGGGGAAGCCUCUGGGCCUGAAGGACUGCAUCAUCGUUGGCGGCAUGGACAUGGUGGCCCAGGCCCUGGAGCUGUCCCGGAAACCACACGUGGUCAUCGCCACGCCGGGGCGCCUGGCUGACCACCUCCGCAGCUCUAACACCUUCAGUAUCAAGAAGAUCCGCUUCCUGGUGAUGGAUGAGGCUGACCGCCUGCUGGAGCAGGGCUGCACUGACUUUACAGUGGAUCUGGAGGCCAUCCUGGCAGCCGUGCCGGCCCGCAGGCAGACACUGCUCUUCAGUGCCACUCUUACCGACACACUCAAGGAGCUGCAGGGCCUGGCCACCAACCAGCCCUUCUUCUGGGAGGCUCAGGCCCCAGUACGCACUGUAGAACAGCUGGACCAGCGCUACUUGCUGGUGCCUGAGAAGGUCAAGGACGCCUACCUGGUCCACCUGAUCCAGAACUUCCAGGAUGAGCACGAGGACUGGUCCAUCAUCAUCUUCACUAACACGUGCAAGACCUGCCAGAUCCUGUGCAUGAUGCUGCGGAAGUUCAACUUCCCCACUGUGGCUCUGCAUUCCAUGAUGAAACAGAAAGAACGGUUUGCUGCCCUGGCCAAGUUCAAGUCUAGCAUCUACCGGAUCCUGAUUGCAACAGAUGUAGCUUCCAGGGGCCUGGACAUUCCUUCUGUGCAGGUGGUCAUCAACCAUAACACCCCCGGGCUCCCAAAGAUUUACAUCCACCGAGUUGGCCGGACAGCUCGUGCAGGGCGGCAGGGACAGGCCAUCACCCUGGUGACACAGUAUGACAUCCACCUGGUUCACGCCAUUGAGGAGCAGAUCAAGAAGAAGCUGGAGGAGUUCUCAGUGGAGGAGGCCCAGGUGCUGCAGAUUCUCACACAGGUCAACAUGGUGCGGAGGGAAUGCGAGAUUAAACUGGAGGCAACCAAUUUUGAUGAAAAGAAGGAAAUCAACAAGCGGAAGCAGCUGAUCCUGGAGGGAAAGGUGAGGGCUAGGUUGGCAGGUGGGUCGGGGGGCAAGGUUCCCAAGGGGUGGAGGACGACCAGCUCAGCCACCUGCCCUUCCUCCCCGAGCCAGGACCCUGACCUGGAGGCCAAGCGCAAGGCUGAGCUGGCCAGGAUCAAGCAGAAGAACCGGCGCUUCAAGGAGCAGGUGGAACACACGCUGCAGCAGCAGGCCAGCAAAGCUGGCCGUAGGAGGCAUCCAGCCAGGGCCCGGCCUGAGGUCCAUUCAGCCUCAGUGCCCACCCAGGGCCCGGCUUGAGGCCCACACAGCCCCCACCUGCCCAGCCUGGGACUCCUUCAUCGAGCCGAGGGUUGGAAGGUACUCCCCUGGGGAUAGUCUCCCCUUCUGUCCUGCCCAGCCCACCUCAACGGAGCCCAUGGACACCCACAGUACAUGGAUCGUCCAUCCUGUGGCCCCAGCUGGCCCCUUCUCAGCACCUUGGCCAAGAGUCAGACUACAGAGGAGGAAAGAAUACUGGCCACGUGGUUGGGCCCAGCUCCACACAGAGUGACACACUCCCCGCCGGCCCAGGGUCACUGCAGCGGGUACUGUGGGGCCCCAGAGUGAAGAUGUGUCACUUGUAGGAGGCAUUCAAUAAAUAGGUCUUUUGACUUCCA